AGAUCUGGCAACACUGUUGUGCGGUUUCCCUAGUGUUAGCUAAACAACAUCACGACCUUUGAAAUAGCCAACCCCGGUCGAAUGAAUGAAUGAGGUCUAGACACAGGUUUUAGCAUGUCAAAUUUUGCCAUGAGCGCCCUGUGUCGUAUUUUCACCAGGGGGUUGCUUUGCGGCCCGUCGUCAUGUUUAUCUGCAACGGGACCUCGGGAUUUUUGCAGUGGAGUGUCGCGACUGGAAGGUGCUGGCAAUGAAAGCGUGCGAGCCGCCAGUGCUGUAAACUUGACCUACGAUGUGUUUGAUGGGAAGGUAGACAGCACGCCAUUGGUGUUUCUGCAUGGCUUAUUCGGGAGCAAGUCAAACUUUCACUCCAUAGCCAAGUCCCUGGUGCAGCGGACAGGGAGGAAGGUGCUGACGGUAGAUGCUCGUAACCAUGGCAAAAGCCCACACAGUCCUGUCUUGACCUACGAAGCAAUGACUUACGAUCUGACACAUCUGCUUGGACAGCUGCACAUUGGAAAGUGUAUCUUGAUUGGACACAGCAUGGGGGGCAAAGUUGCAAUGACAACAGCUCUAUCACAGCCUAAUUUAGUGGAAGGGUUGGUUGUUGUGGAUAUUAGUCCCUCUCAGACUUCAGCACGCACCAAUUUCCAUGCCUACAUUCAGGCAAUGAAAGAGGUGAAGAUAGCCAGUAAUAUCCCACGUUCCACUGCACGAAGACUGGCUGAAGACCAGCUCAGGAAGAUAGUUAAGGAGCGUUCAGUGCGUCAGUUCCUUCUCACUAACCUGGAGGAGCAAAAUGGUGACUAUGGCUGGAGAAUUAACCUGGAAGCCAUCUCAAACCACCUAGAAGACAUCAUGGGUUUUCCUGACCUUAAUACCACCUAUGAGGGUCCAACUCUUUUCUUGGGUGGCAGUAGUUCAGCCUACAUAAGCUCGGAGGAUUACCCUGAAAUCCAGCGACUUUUUCCUAGUGCUGAUAUCCAGUACAUCCCAGAUGCCAGUCACUGGAUUCAUGCUGACAAGCCUUUGGAUUUCAUCAGCUCCAUAAUCACUUUCUUACAAUCAUAGUCCUUGUCUCAGGAGAGGAUAUGUACAGGUGGGCCCAAUGAUUAAGGGACAGUGAAUGAAUUGUAAGGGUAUGGACCAAGAUGACUUUUAUCAAGUUAAAUCUAGUCUCUUACCUUAUAAUGCACAAUUGUACCAUUAUAUAAUUCCUAAUAGUUAGUGUACUAAUUUUUCAAUGUGGUAUUUGCACUGUGGCUUAACAUAGUACAUUAAUUACAAUUUUAUCAAAAAGAUAAAUAGAAAUCUGGCCGUGACUUUCAAUCAAGGACAUUUGUUUGUAGCUAUUACAAAACAGCGGAUCCAGUGGCUUUUUUAUUUUUUUAAAUACUUCACAACUUGUAUGAUAAUUGGACUAGAUUUUGAUUUUUUUUUUUUUUUUUAUAUAUAUAUAUAUUUU